UGUUUAGGUCAAGGUGACUAGGUGAAGCCGUCUCACAGAUGCACAUUACGAAAGGUGGAAAGAAUGGCUAAAAGAAUGUGUUCAGCAGUUUGGGCUGGAUUUCUUCGAUGUAAAACGGCAAAACCAACAUUCUCAAACAUACGUCUCAUGUCAUCGGAGUCCGACCAGCCAAACAUCAUACAUCCCAUGAUGGAGAUUCCUCCCAUACCACCUUAUCCAGAGAAACUGAAUGAGCCAGUAGAAGAAAGGAGGGCACGGUUACUCUAUCAAAGUAGGAAAAGGGGGAUGUCAGAGAAUGGGCUUUUACUUAGUACCUUUGCCUCCAAAUAUCUAAAUGGUUUUGAUGAAAGGCAACUAAAAAUGUAUGACCACCUCAUUAACCAACCAGAUAAUGACUGGGAUAUUUAUUACUGGAUAACAGGUGUUGAACCCACACCACCAGAAUAUGAAAAUGAAAUUAUGGACUUGCUGAAGGAACACACAAAAAAUGACAACAGGGAAGAAAGACUGAGACAGCCUGAUUUACCAUGAGGGAAAGAAGCUCUUCAUUUUGUUAUGAUCAUUUUGUACUGAGUAUGGGGUGCAUUGGAGCCAAGAUAUUGCACAGCUGUUUACUUGAAUAAUUUAUCCUUGGGAAGUUAUUUGGGGUUCGGAUAUAUACACUGAGCAUAUAACAUGAUGCUUGUUUUUUCAAGGAACAAUGUUACUGUUGUACAGGAGUUGUUAUUAUUAUUAUUAUCAAGAAAAACAGUUUUUUAAAGUAACAGUUUUGUGUGGUUGGUGCAUAUAGCUUUGUAUGCAGUUUGCACUUCACAAAUUUUCCACAAGUUUAACCCAGAAUACAUCAAGAGAAAAACGUGGAAUGUAACUGUGAAUGCUCCAUCUACAUUGACAUGUUUAUGGGUUCUAGCCUUGAGGUCCAUCAAGUAAUUCAUUUUGGUUUCAUAUUUGCAUCAAAAACACGGGCAAAAAGCAUCAGCCCACUUUCCAGUUGCUCUGAACACAGCUGUAUGGCCAUCAAAUUUCAAAGCAAUACAACAUCCCUGAUUACAAUUUUGUAAUUAUAAUAAUUAAUAUUAAAAGAGCAGUGGCACCCAGGUGAACUAUUA